GCAACGAUCGAUCCUACCAAACCGGUCCCUUCUCCGUGCAUCCAGAUCGAACGAAAACCGCCCGAAAAUGGUUCCGGAAACGACCAAAGUGAACAGUACCUUCAUUUCGGAGAAAGUAUCCCGCAUCCGCUGGAUCCCGGAGCAGUACGACGAAUCGAACUCGUUCAUCACCGGUAGCUGGGAUCUGGACGUGAACAAUCUGAAAGUGUGGAAGCUCGUCCGGAACGAUUACGCUGACGAUGAGAAUGAAUUCGUGCCGAAAUGUACGGCGGAGAUUUGCUUCCCCGGCGAUCUCAGCGGGCUGGAGUUUGUCGACGAGCGCAAUGUGGUCAUUUCUAGCACGGGAGGAUUCGUAAGUUUGAUCGCCCUGGACCGGGAGAAAGACGAGAACAAUCUCCAGGAACGGCAUCGAUUCAGUGACCUGCACAAGUUCGACACGUUCAGCAGCUUGAAUGCUGCACCGUGCACGGGACUGUCGGUACACGACACCGAUGUGGCAACCGUUGGUGAAGACGGCCGCUUGAAUGUUUUGUCCACGGUUAGCCAGUCGGUGCUCCGGAGCAUUGCCAGUGCCGAUAGUUGCACCAUCAGCUGUGUGGCAUUUCUGAAUCCGAAGGAAGUGCUCACUGGUAACCGGUUGGGAACAAUUAAGUGCUUUGACAUCCGGGCCGAGGGUCAGAAAGCGGUCGGUAGCUUCGCGGUAUCCUGUGAGGAUGAAAAGCGAUCCAACUGUGUCACCUGUAUUGCAUACCAUCCGACGCAGAGGCAUAUCAUUCUAGCCGGUAGCGAGGAAGGUUCGAUAACCGUCUGGGACCUGAGACAGCCACAGUUUCCAGCUUCCUACCUGAAGGCACACGACCACGCGAUCAGUGAGUUGGCGUUCCACCGAACGCAACCAUCCAGGCUUUUCUCUGCGUCCGAGGGCGGCGAAUUGUGGCAGUGGAAUCAGAAUACUAUGCCAACGGCCACCGGUGGAAUGUUGAGCGGAACUACAACGGUGAACGAAUCUUCUUCGUCGGAUACCAACAAUCCAUGGUUGAACGGGGAACGAGCCAAGAGCAAGAUCAACGUUACCUCACUGCUAAGUGGCAUCCGGAAGGCAAUCAACUCAUUCGAUUCCUGUCGUUCGAAGAUCAUUUGCGGCGGAGACAACGAAGCCAUUUAUUUGUUGGAAAAUUUAAAUUAAGGUUACUGCAUUUUAUUGAGGAAUAAAUGUAUUUUAGUUC